GCUGCUCAGAGCCACAGACAUAAUCUUCCAUCUUUCAGAGAGGAAAGACAAACACAUUGUUCAAAGCGUGGACAAUCAAAGUGUGGUGCUUGUGAGGAGGAUGGAAAAACUGAAUAAACCCCUGGAUUUUAUAUUUCUACCACACUGAAACAGAAAAGAAGGAGAGCAGCAAAGGGAGGAUUAGCCAGAGGCAGGUGAUGAUAUGGAAACAUUGAUCUGAUCAGUCCUCUAAAUCACCUCCACAGUCUUUUUACCUGGAUUUUAACCAUGGGACCACUACAUGAGCCAGGAUGGCAAAAGAGAAACCGAACCAAAAGUUGUGGGGAAUACCAGAUCUCCAACAAGUCUUUCUCUCAGCGCAGACAGUCGGCACCCUCUGUUAUUCUCAGCAAGGCUCUUACAAAGUCAAAACUUGUUGCCAGGGAUUGUGCAUCUCAGGUUAGCCAGGACAUUUUCGCCCUGAUCCAGUCUCUGCUCAGCCCAACCAGGAAGCUCAUUUGCCAAGGCAAUGCGGUGUUGCAGACAGGGCUUCAGACCCAAGAGAGAUUUCUCAUCCUCUUCAAUGAUCUUCUCAUCAUCACCAAGGCUAAGUCAGUAAUGCAGGUGAAGCAGAAGAACUGUGUGCGUGUUAGUGAGAUGUGGACGGCCAGCUGUGUGGAUGAGGUGUGUGAAGCCAGUACUGGUUCAGAGAGGAGCUUCGUCAUGGGCUGGCCAACUUACAACUGUGUGGCUACUUUUAGCACUUCAGAAGAAAAAGACAGGUGGCUGUCUCUCAUCGAAAGCUGUAUAAAAGAAGAAAAACAGAGCGACGAUCCGAAGAUGAUUCCACUCAAGAUAUAUGCAAAGGAUGUUGGGAACUGUGCCUACGCAAAGACUCUUUUUAUCAGCAACACAGACUGCACUUCUGAUGUCAUUAGCACAGCACUACAACAGUUUGGUCUUUCGGGUGGAAUAAAAGAUUAUAAGUUGUGGGUAUGUUCAAAACAAGAUGAAACUCCAUACCCUUUAAUUGGUCAUGAGUUUCCCUACAGCAUUAAGAUGAGCCACAUUCGCCUGCUUCAGCAAGAUGCAGUGACAUCUUCCUACAGCCAGAUGGCACUUCUGCCUAUUGACGCCCACUGCCAGUUCUUCCUGAAGCCCAGUCAAAUAAACACCACCUUCACAGAACAGAAAAGCGGGAGGAGGAGGAUGUCUCUUAUUAGCUGGGCUUUUAAACGAGGCUCCAUCGCUGAACAGACUCUCCAAUCCGAAUCUCCUUGCCAAACUAUUACACCGACUUCUGGUCAUCUGUUUGGUCAGCCACUCGGUGAUGUGAUAAAAGACAAUACCCUGCCAUCAUCCAUUGUGGACAUGCUGAAGUGUUUGUGCGGUGAGGGGGCCGUGACGCGUGGUAUAUUCCGUCGCUCUGCUGGAGUGAAGGCCUGCCGAGAAUUGAGGGAAAAGCUGGAUUCUGGUCACUAUGAAGAGCCACUGAGUGGAGAACCUGUGCUUGUUACCGCUUCAGUGUUCAAGGAGUUCUUGCGCAAUAUACCUGGCAGCCUUUUGUGCGAGGAGCUCUAUGAGCAAUGGCUCCAAGCAGUGGAGCCAGAUAGUGAAAGAAAUGGACCCCUGACAGAGAAAAACCUGCUACAGGAGGUUCAGAGGCUUGUUCAGCUUUUACCUAAAGAAAAUCUCCUGCUGCUGAGACACAUGAUAGCAAUGCUGCACCACAUACAGCUCAAUGCUGAACACAACCAGAUGACAUCUUUUAACCUGGCAGUGUGUAUAGCACCUAGCUGUCUGUGGAAUCACAAACUACAAUCUCAUGAAAAAGACGCCAAAAAGGUGUGUGACCUUGUGCGUGUCUUGAUUGACAACUGCUGUGCGUUGUUUGGGGAUGAAAUUAUAACCCUCUUAAGGGAUUUGACUGAAGACAAUAGAAGCAACCGUGGAUCAGUUGGGUCCCUGCAGCAGAUGUCAGAUUCAGGUUAUGAGAGUCUUAAGAACGAGGUGAAUACUGACUCAGAGGACACUUCUAAGACCCGUGCUCUUAAAGACAGUCGUAGUAUGGACUCACUCAUGUCACUGAGUGAUUGUGACCUCGAUUGUCCAGAAAGCAACCUGCCAUCUUCCAGUCCAUCGGCACAGAUCAGGAACUUUACACAUGCGACGCUUCAGCUCCGAUCCCUUAAAUUACACAGACACUCCAUUUCCACCAUCACUUUGACUUCUCAUGAACAGGAAGUAAUCCUAAAAAGUGGAAACUAUGAAGAGUUCAAGAGACCUAAUGAGGUCAAUGAUAAGGUAUUUUUGGAACAAAACAUUCAACAACUAAAUUUCAUCAAAGAAAAACAAACUCCACCAACCUCCAAUAUACCAUCGCCAGUAACUUCACCAACAUGCUCAUCUGUGAGUUCAAUAGACAGUCCAUUUUCUCUGUCCACCCAUAAGACCCUCAAUUCUCCUCAGGACUCUCCAGCCAAGGGACAAUCUGAUUUGCUCACUCAAAAUAGCUUGUCCAAUGAGAAAUCAUCUCCACCACAUCAUCAGAGAAACAUCACUGAUACUGAAGAGUGUUUGCAGCCUAAAUUACCCAAAAAUCCUCCUUCUUAUUACCAGGCCUUACAACAGCUCAACAGAAAACCAUUCUCACAGACUCCCACUCAAAAACAUUUACAUAAAGGAACAACCUUUUUCUACAAGGGGCCCGGAAACCCCACACACAGCCCUUUAGGACACCCCAAUCUGUCCCCUGACCCUCAGACCGCCAGGUUCACCUGUCAAACCCGGACUGAAGAAGAGGUCAAACUACCACAGAGUGUGUUUUACGGACAGAGCUGCAAGUUAACAGUGCACAAAAUCAAGGGACAGAAUGCAGGUUUAAAAUCUAGCAAACUCCCUGGGCAGCAGCUGAAGUUUAAAGCACUAGAUUUGCACCCCUCCUCCAGAAAAAUAGCCAGGGAGUAUUUUAUGGAUGCUUGUCCUCUUGGAGAGAAGCGAGCUAUUGGAAGAGGCCAAAGGCUCAGCUGUCGCAGUAGCAGCCAGUGGAUUGUGUGAGGCCAAUGGGAUCAUUCAUUUCAAAAUUAUUGAAAAUUAAUUACAAGAUUAUCUGCUGUUUCUUAUAAUUAACAAUUACAUGCGGCAUACUACAGAAUGAUUAGAAUAGCUAUAUUGUUAAUACUUGCAGUUUGAGCUUUGUAAUGCCUUUUUUUUUUGUAAAUGAUCACACGCAUUAGAUUUUUUUUUUUUUUUAUUGUACUUACAAUAGCAAUUUUUUACAUUUUUUUUUUUUAAGUUUUCAAUGUGUGUGUGUGUGUUUUGUUAGCAUUCAAAAACAGCACACACUUACACAUACACAUUCAUAAAAUCCCCUUUACAUACAGUAGGGAUAUAUUACCCAUUUUGUUUGUUGAUAUUAAAAUGUAAUUAUUCUUAUUUUUAUUCUCGAAGAUGAAUGCCACUAUUUUAAAGGAGUUGUUCACUUCCAGAACAAAAAUGUACAGAUACUGUACUCACCCCCUUGUCGUCUAAGAUGUUCAUGUCUUUCUUUCUUCAGUCGUAAAGAAAUUAUGUUUUUUGAGGAAAACAUUUCAGGAUUUCUCUCCGUGUAAUGGACUUCUAUGGUGUUGCCAAGUUUGAACUUCCAAAAUGCAGUUUAAAUGCAGCUUCAAAGGGCUCUGAACGAUCCCAGCCGAGGAAGAAGCAUCUUAUCUAAUGAAACAAUCGGUUAUUUUCCAAAAAAAAACAAAACAAACUAUUUAUAUACUUUUUAACCUCAAACGCUCAUCUUGUCUAACUCUGUGUAAGCUGUUUUUUUCCGGUCAUGACAGUUAGGGUAUGUCGAAAAAUUCCCAUCUCAUUUUCUACUACAACUUCAAAAUCAUCCUACAUUGCUGUUGUUUUGUAAAGGGUGUUUGAUUUUCUUUGCAUGUUCACUUAGUAAACACUGGGUUUGUACUUCUGCAGCGAUGUAGGACAAUUUUAAUGUUGGAGGAGAAAAUGAGAUGGGAGUUUGUAGAUGUACCCUAACUGUCAUGACCGAAGAAAAAAAAAAAAGUUCACACAGAGCUAUACAAGAGGAGCGAUUGAGGUUAAAAAGUAUAGAAAUUGUCAUUUUUCUUUUUCUUUUUUUUUUUAAAGUAACCGAUCAUUUUGCUAGAUAAGACCCUUCUUUCUCGGCUGGGAUUGUUUAGAGCAGGGGUGCUCAACCCUGGUCCUGGAGAUCAACUUUCCUGCAGAGUUCAGCUCCAACCCUGACCAAACACACCUGAACCAGCUAAUUAGGAUCUGAAGGAGCACUAGAUAAUUACAGACAGGUGUGCUUGAUUAGGGUUGGAACUAAACUCUGCAGGAAGGUCGAUCUCCAGGAACAGGGUUGGGCACCCCUGGUUUAGAGCCAUUUGAAGCAGCAUUUAAACUGCAUUUUGAAGGUUCAAAUUUAGGGGGCAGCACAGAAGUCCAUUACAUGGAAGGAAAUCCUGGAACAUUUUCCUCAAAAAACAUAUUACUACUGAAGACAUAAACAUCUUGGAUGACAAGGAGGUGAGUACAUAAUCUGUACAUUUUUGUUCUGUAAGUGAGCUAAUACAUUAAGGUCCAAGAUGAUUUCAUUUGAGAUGAUUUUUCAGCAUUGUAAUGCCUUUUUGUAAAUGUAGCCAAACCUUUUUGUAAAUGUAUCAAAAUCUUCUUGACAGUAGAAAACAUUU